UUGAAUCUCUCUAAAGUCAUAAUGAAAGCACUUAUUUUGAAUACGUCGUUGAAAAAGGCAACCGUGGAGAAUGUCGAUCGCCCAAGUCCAGGUUCCCACGAGAUUCUAGUCAACGUGCGCGCAAUAGCGCUGAACCCAGUAGAUGAACUCUACGUUUCGUCGCCCAUUGCAGCACAAGAGAAAAGAAUUAUCGGCACUGACUUUGCAGGAGUUAUUGCUGAAGCUGGAUCCGAGAUCAGUGGUUUAUCUGAUCCCAGAGUUAAAGUCGGGACACGAGUCGCUGGUUUUCUCCAAGGCGCUUCAUCCGUGAAUGAUCGACCCGGAGCUUUUGCAGAGUACAUCACUGUUCCUUAUGACCUCGUAUGGAAUGUCCCUGACAACCUAACUCUAGAGGAAGCGUCUACGAUCAGCAUGUGUGGCCUGACUGCUGCUCAGGCUCUAUUCGACCGUCUUGGGUUGCCAAAUCCGUUUUCUUCAGGCCCAUCACAGCAGCUUGUAGCAGGAUCCAAAAUCACUAAUGUUUUUAUUUACGGAUCUUCUACUUCGGUUGGAUUGUAUGCCGCGCAGCUCGCUCGUAUCGCUGCCAGGGUAUCUGGAAUGUCUAUUCGAUUGAUAGGGGCAGCUAGUUCAACCAAGCACGAAAUGCUUCGAAAUGAGCCCUAUAGCUAUGACGUCCUUGUGGACUAUAGAGAUGAAAGCUGGGUUCAAAAGGUGAAAGAUGCUACAAACUGGAACGGCGUUGACCUUGCGCUGGACUGUAUCUCAGAAGGCCAAACAGUAUACAAUACCCACAAGACUUUGGCUCCUUCGGCAAAGUUUGCAGUCAUUCGCGGCCCAGUUGGUGGGCAAUAUGAUCCAGCACAACUAACUGUCAAACCGACCUAUGGCGCCGUCUGGGAAGGCCUUGGUGUUGAAGUUGGAUACAAUGACGCUGUUAUCUCAGCGAAUCCAGAUGCGCAUGCGUUUGCAAAGGAGUUUUACAACUUCUUGAGCCAGCCGCUACCAUCAGGCAGGGCGCAGCUCCAGCCCAAUCCUGUGAGACUGAUGCCUGGAGGUCUUGAAAAAGUAGCCCAGGACGGCUUUGCUCUUCUGGGUACAGGUUUAGUCAGUGAGAGGUCAAAGAUUGGAAGACCAGAUGAUUACAUGCGCCCAAUUAGUGCUGAGAAGUUGGUGUAUAGUCUUUAA